CAUUUGAACGUAAACGCUAACAAGGAAAACACGGACACGAAGGAACAGAUGGAAAGCAGCACACGAAAAAGAAAGAGCAAAUUUUUCCCCGAGGGAAAACCAUGUCCGGAUUGUGGUAAAAUUUUCAAAACUCAUGCCCGGUAUUAUCACCAUCGGCGAAAUCACAACGAACAGCUUCAGGGAUUUGGUUGCCAGAUUUGCGAGAAGAUUUUUACUAGGCGAGACGGAUUGCGCAGGCACCUGGAUCAUGUGCAUGGUGGAAAAAUGAAGCCCAAAUGCAUUCCAUGUGAUGAGAUUUUUGCCAACAAGAGUCUGCUGAAGAAGCAUCAGGACGAUGUGCAUAACGACGGAGACAUUAAGCCCAUCGAUAUUGAUAGUUUUGGGCCAAUAGACGCAAAUGUUGCGGUAACAACGGAUACAAAAGGUGCACUAACUGAAGAGUUAGCGGCAAAUGAUAUUAAAUCUGAAAAUACAAAUUAGCGAACUGAUCGAUCGUUGCAGGCAGGUUUGAAGUUUUUUUUAUUAAUAUUCUCAUUGAGUCAUAAUUUUGUAAGAUACCUACAACGAGAUUCUGUUUUAAAAUAAUUUUCUUUUGCUAACAAUUUUGUUGCCGUCAAUUCAUGACAAAAUCGAUUAUUCAAAAUAAUAGUAAAAUAUAAUAAAACUCGAGAAUGCAAUGCAUAAAACGAGAAAGCUGUGCAUUUUA